ACAAACACUCUCUCCAUAAAUAUCAAGAAAUAAACCUCUACAUUUUGCUACAAAAAAUCCUCCUCCUCUUACUCCUUUUUCAAGUUGCUUAGAAAAUGAAAAGUGCAUAUAAAUUUAUCGGUUUAGCGAUGUUAAUGGUAUUUUCAUGUGGGUUGGCUAAUGGAGAUGAUGACAAAAGCCUUAGUCAAAAGUGUGGGGUAGAAUUUCAAAAGGUAGCGGCGUGUUUAACUUACGCGACGGGGAAAGCACCGGCGCCAUCGAAGGAGUGCUGCGAUGCGGCAGAGGAUAUAAAAGAUGAGGACCCGGUUUGUCUUUGUUACAUAAUAGAACAGAUACAUAAAGGAUCAAGUCCAGAGUUGAAGAGCAUGGGCAUUCAAGAAGACAAAUUGCUUCAGCUUCCUUCUGCUUGCAAGCUCACUAAUGCCAGCAUCUCUAACUGCCCUAAGUUACUCAACAUUCCUUCAACUUCUCCUGAUUAUGCCAUCUUCACCAAUGCAUCUACUGCGUCCAAA